AUGUUCAUUUUCAACUCCAAAUUUGCUCCAAUUCAAACCCCGCCAGGUUCCCGCCCUAACGGGGUGGCCAUGCCUCCGCCUUACGCAGCGGCACAACCACCGUCACAGAAAUCCUGGUCACCCGACCUACACAGAGACGAGGAAUGGAUCAAACGAAAAGGCAAACACAACCACAGGAGGAGCAAGAGCGUAACUGAUGAGGAUAUUAAUGAGCUUAAGGCAUGUAUCGAGCUAGGGUUUGGAUUUGAACAUGCGCUUAAGUUGGAUGAUCGUCUCUCUGAUACGUUACCUGCGCUAGGCUUUUACCACGCUGUCAACAAGCAGUAUUUUGAUACAAAAUUGAAGUCCUCAACUUCGUCUUCUUUGUCUGUGUCUUCAUACUCGUAUGCUGUCUCCGAGCCAGAUUUGUCUUCUCAGGCGAACAAUCCGCACACUAUAUUCUGUCAAGGUGAUAAUCCACAAACAAUGAAGACAAGGUUGAAACAAUGGGCACAAGUUGUUGCUUGUUCAGUGCGCCAAUCUUCGUCGUCGUCAUCAUCAUCAUCAAGCUGAACUAAAGAGAAGCAAAAUGUUCACAAAUGAUGAAUCAAACCAGCCAUGGUUAGAUUACAAGUUAGGGACUCCAACCGCUACAUAAUCGACUGAGUGAGAAGUGAGGAUGAUUUAAUUGUGACGAUAUGAGUACAUUUGUAACCGGGUUUGAAUCUGCUAAAGCAUGCACAUGCUUACAUUUGCUUUUGUAUCAUGGUAUGAUUUAGCUUUUGAUGAAAAUUUUAGGAUCUAUGUGCAAUAAAUGGUUAGAACAAAUUACAAAUCA